UCUUCUACUUACGUGCAAUAAACAAAGCACAUGUGAGGAAUAGUUUGUAAACUGCCCCCCCCUGCGCACCCGUUUCAUAUAUCUAGCUCUCUGCUUCCUUUUCUUAGGUUCUGAGACGAUGGAGAUGAGCAGCUGGCUGGGCUUCUCCUUGUUCUCCGCCAAGGAGGAAGAAUUUGACGGAGGUGGAGGGGACGUAGGAGUUGGCGGUGGUAGAGGAGGAGGAGGAAGAGAUGGUGGUGUUGAUCCUCUUGUUCUUAUGCCUCUCAGCUCUGAUGCCUCCCUCUGCCUCAUGGAGUCACCCUUGCUGCAGCCUCAAGCUUCAGAAUGGAAAUAUGAUGCAAUUGCGAGCGCCCGCACCAGCCCAAACCCGGAUGAACAAGAGCCAAAGCUUGAGGAUUUCUUGGGUGGCUACUCUGAGAAUUCCAAUGAGGAGAACCAUCCCCGGCAGCACCAGCCAAUUUCCUAUUUUGGCAACGAGAUCAAUGUUAACAUGCCCCCUUCCUCUGCCAUUGCUGAGAGUUUGCCGACCAUGGAGAAUGUCGAUGCCUCUUAUCGCUCCAUACACUCGAAUUGCCACCACCAUCACCACUCUAGCCACUCAAUUCAUGAUCCUCAGACCCUCAAGCCGGCCUUCGCUGCCAAUGAUAUCUAUAAUGUAGGAACGCAAGGCUCAACCUCUAUCUCAGCCUUUCAAUGA